AUGACAUCUUUAACAGUAAAUUUCAAUCACGGCAUUGAGGUUAUGCAGACGAGAUUUGCCUCGUUGCAAAAAAGAUACUCGCAAUACUUGGAUUUAAGCUUAAAAAUUAAAACUUCACCCGACAAGUUCACUGCACGAAGUAAAGAUGGUUCACAUAUUACCGUUGAAUUGGGGGAUUCGUAUUUUGCAGACCUGACUGUCCAGGAAACACUGGAUUUUCUUGAUCGGAGAAUAGCUGUUAUUGAAGAUGAUAUGAGAAUCGAACUUGAACGGCUUGCACUGGCCCGAAAGGCUGUUAAAGAUGUCGAGAGACUCGCAACUGGUACGGAACAGUCCGUUCUUGUCCAAUCUAUUAACACCGAAAAAAGUGGUAAUUCUACUCCAGUGGCACGAAAUACAGCAGAAGUCAAGACAAAAGAAGAGACUAAGAGCUCUCAAAGUCACGAGAAACUCAGCAAAUCAAAAGGUAUUCUAAAGACCGAUAAUUCAGUCAAGCCGACAAUUGCUACAACAUCCACACACUCGUCUUCUUCAUCUUCUUCUAGUGCUAAAGCUGCACCUGCGCCAUCUAUAACUUCAUCUUCAACUCCUAUUACACAAAAUAAAAAUGUCCCGCUGGCCCCUUCCACUGUUCAAUCGGCCACGCCUGCAUCCAGCACCAGUUCCAACUCUAGCAUCGCUUCAGCCGACUCCUCUGACCCCUACCAAAUCGAUGAUUCCGAGUUUUUCACCUCGGAAGGAUUGCCAAUGAUGGACAUUCGAGAAGAGCUCGACGAAGAUGGAAAUGUCAUAUCUUCUUCGGUUGAACCUCAAAACAAAAACCACGAGCUGAGAGCUUUUGCACAGGACCAUCUCUCUCGAAUAAUUCAACAACGGGAAGACGAGCUGAGCAGACUGACAGAGAAAGAUAAUAUUACUAAUGGAGACCGUAUAGUUGAGCUAGAUAACUCAUCACACGCUGCCUCUGCAGAAAAGCCUGUGUAUGGUCCAGAGCGACCUCCAGCCAACACACCUAAGGUGUUUGGAACUAUAGUCAAGAACUCUGGGUCAAGUAGUGGAAGUAGUACAAAGUCCAAUUCCACUACUGCCAAGCUGAAAAAAGAAGAGGCUACUAAGAUUGUAAAGCCCAAGACUGAAAGCAUAGUUCAAGCGUCGACCUCAGAUAGCAGUCCAGAAAAGAAGGCAAAUGCCAGUCACGGCUCUGAACCUGAAGUUUUGAGUGAGUCUCAAGAUACAAGAGAGAUUGCUGAACAUGUAGAUACUGCUGGGUCAGAGAACUCUAGUACAAAUUUGAUUCACCCGGAGCAUAUGUUGGAGUUAGAAUUGAUUGCUGAUCAGCUCAAUGAUGAGGAAGACUACUCUGGCGAUGAACAAUAUGAAGAAGAUGAGGAGGGUGAAGAAGAAGAAGAAGAUGAUGAUGAUGAUGAAGAUGAAGAUGAGUAUGGCCGCACACGAGGAAGUCUAUUCCCAUUUGCGAAACCCCCCGCUGAAGCUUCCGGACAGACCGAUAAAAAGAAAGUUAACUUCUCUCCCAAUCUUGAAAUUAAGACUUAUAACAUUGGAGAGAGAAUAAACCAACCGGAUAAUGAUGGCUGGGAAGAUGAGGAAGAAGAGCCGGUCGCAAAAGAAAAAGUUUCAAGAUUUAAAGCUGGACGCUCCAGUCUCAAAGGCAAGGGAAAGUUGAAGCUGACAAAAGGAUAUGAAGAUGCAACAGUAAUUUCGUCUAAUGCGGUUCGUCCUGUGUCAGAUGUUACUGAGAGACCUGUUUCUGAUAUUGUGGAAAGACCUGUUUCUGAUAUUGCGGAAAGACCAGUAUCUGAUAUUGUGGAAAGACCUGUUUCUGAUAUUGUGGAAAGACCUGUUUCUCAGAUUGUGGAAAGACCAGUUUCUGAUAUUGCGGAAAGACCAGUUUCUGAUAUUGCGGAAAGACCAGUAUCUGAUAUUGUGGAAAGACCAGUUUCUGAUAUUGUGGAGAGACCAGUGUCUGAUAUUGUGGAAAGACCUGUGUCUCACAUAGUAGAGCGACCUGUAGAACGUCCAGUAACCCAGGAAGUUAGCAAACCCAAGGUUAAUAUCGGGCCAUCUGUAGCCAACCGUCGGAUUUUCCAGCAACCAGUAAUCAAGAGAGGCCCACAAAAGGCGGUUCCCAUGAAUCCUAGGGCAGGACUUAGCCUACCGGAGGAGGAAGAUGAUACCCCAGAGACGAGUGGGUUGGCUACUACUCCCGCCAAUAGACCGUUUCGUGAUGAUAUUUACGAUUUGGCGGCCGAACACUUUGACAAAGCACUUAUCCCAGAUGAGGACUUUUUGGCCUUGCAUGACAGAGAGGGAUUUGAUGACGUUGAUGACAGUGAUGACAGCCAGGCAGAAGAAAACGUAGAGAGGCCAAUUCUGUCUACUAGUGUAUACGAGAGAGACCAAGACGAAAACGAAGCCGAUGAUGAUUUGGACGAUGAAGACUAUGAUCAAAAAAUAUCAAGACGAGAGAUUGCUGAAGAAUACCAGCGUUUGAGACAGAAACUUAUUGGCUCGUCUGGUGGCUUCAAGAAGACCGAUCAGGAGCAGAUUUUUGAGCCUCUUAAUGAAGACGGCACAGAAGUGAAGGUAAGCAGGUUCAAAGCUGCCCGACUGGCCAACCGCUACCUUCCCACUGAGUAA